AUGGCGCCCUCAGGGGCUCUUAGGGACAGCGAUGCCUCCAGGGACCCUCCCAGAGGCUGUGGUGCCUCUAGGGGUUCUUCCAGGGGCAGUGGCACGCCCAAGGGCCCUCCCAGGGGACCUCACAGGGACGGUGGCGCCCCCAGCGGAGUUCACCAGGCGGUGGUGCCCUCAGGGGUCCUCCCAGGUGUGGCAACGCUCCUAGGGGCUCUCCCAAGGACAGCGGCGCCCCUAAGGGCCCUCCCAGGGGCAGCGACGCCCCCAGGGGACUUCCCAGGGGCAUUGGCUCCUCCAGGGGCCUGCCUAGGGCCAACGGCACCCCCAGGGAUCCUCCCAGGGUCGUUGGUGCCCCCUAGAGGACAGUCCAGGGGCAAUGACACCCCCAGGGGUGGUGGCAACCCAGGGUCCUUCCCAGCGGCAACGAAGCCCCCAGGGGACUUCCCCGUAACCCGCCCAGGGGCGACGGCACUCCCAAGGUGGCCCUCCCAGGGACGGUAG